AUGAUGACGGUGUCGAUGAUGAAAAACGCUGCUACUGCUCCAUGUGAAAAAGUAGUUAGCCAGGAUGAUUGUCCUCUAAUUAUGAUUUUCAAAGAGAUAGAGAUAUGCGGUGUCAUAAUUCUGGCAACAAUAUUGACCAUCCGUUUCCUCUUCCAUGCAAUCAAGUUGAAACUAUUAGCAUCCUCAACGGUACGUGCAGCUAUUAAGGUGACGGCUUCUGUUAUCAUUUGCUUUACUUCAUCUGGAAGGGCUGCAAGAUUGAUAGCAAAGUACAGGCCAACGAUGCCGGUUCUCUCCGUUGUGAUACCCAGGCUUAAGAUAAAUCAGCUAAAAUGGAGCUUUAGUGGAGCUUUUGAGGCAAGGCAGUCACUCAUUGUAAGAGGUCUCUUUCCCAUGCUUGCUGAUCCUCGACAUCCUGCUGAAUCAACAAGUGCCAGUAAUGAGUCUAUUUUGAAGGUAGCACUUGAUCAUGGAAAAACAUCAGGAGUCAUCAAGCCACAUGAUAGAGUUGUUAUUUGCCAGAAAGUUGGUGAUGCAUCUGUUGUUAAGAUUAUCGAGCUUGAAGAUUAA